UCCGGAGAGUACCGGAAACGCGCUUUCUCCUCGUCGUUCAUGGCAUACGUGGCUGUAGAAGCAGAUGAACGCCUAGAAGAGGGCCCAGAGGGCCUACAGUUUAAAUCUUUUCUGGGCGAUAAUGCAUCAAAUACGAGGCCGGGCUCUGCUGGUGUCUCAAAUGUCGACAGAGGUUACCUUUCAGACCAGCCUCAUCCACGAAAAUCAGGCGGAGGAUUCUGGACAGUCGAAUACUAUCAGGUUUACUUCGAAGUUGACACUAAAGAGGUUCUUCGCCGCUGUUACUCAACUCUUCUCCCAACAUCGACCAACUACUUCUCUACCCACCUAAACCCACCAGAUCUCUACGGACCUUUUUGGACUCUCACGACUCUUAUAUUCACUUUGUUCCUUUCGUCAAGUCUCGCGGCUUCUAUUUCCGCAUACCUUUCUUCAGCCGAUGGAGAAUAUGAUUAUGACUUUGGGCUGUUAUCCCAGGCAGUGGGUAUCGUGUACGCGUACGGGUUAGGUCUCCCGGUAUUACUGUGGAUAUCGCUGAGGUAUAUGGGGGUGGGUGAGUGGAGUGUAGUGGAUGCUGUGGCAAUAUGGGGAUACGCACUUUUUGUGUGGAUUCCGGUUUCUAUUCUGUGUGUAAUACCGGUUCCUCUUCUCCGCUGGGUUCUUGUGUUCCUGGCUUUUGCAUCCUCGGGAUAUUUUCUUAUCAGAAAUAUAUACCCUAUCCUUGCUUCUGCCGAGGCAAAAGCUACCCGCUUGCUUAUUAUUGUGAUCGGUGUUCUCCAUGCCGCACUAGCAUUGGUAUUCAAGGUGCUGUUUUUCGGUUAUUAUGUGGUAGACAAGAUCGGUAUGGACCUUCCACUUCCUGGAGGUAAUGACCCGAACUCUGCUGGAGGAGCGGUAAAAAUGCUUGUGAGAAGAUUGUUUUUUGGACUAUGAAUUAAAGGGACUAGGCUAAGGCGGAGGGGGUAAAGGAUGUUAUAUGUAGCUUCCGAAGAUUUAAUUAUUCUCGAUGACUACCUCUGAUUUGCACUGCUGUUUGUCGUUUGUAAACUCAGUUCAUCUUUCAUGUAUGGAAUUCAGA